UAGAAAUAUUUUUAAAAAAUUAGAUUUGGAUAUUACAGAUAUAUGAAAUUACAUUUUUAUGUCUGUUGAGUAUUAAUUUUUAAAUUAUUACUGACAUCAGAUGACAAUGUUCAAAAUGAAUAUUCAAUACUUGAUUAUUAAGCUAUUGGUUCAAUAUAUGGUUCAUAUUGAUAUUAUUUAGUAUAGCAAAAUAAAAUCUUAAAAUUUUAACAUAGUAUUGUGUAUUAAAUAAAUAUGGCAAAUAGAAUAAUUUAUACCCAUCCUGUUGUUAAUGAAUAUCAAAAAAAAGGAGCAAAAAAUAACUUGCGACAUGUAUCUCAUUAUUGUAUGCCUGGUCUAAACAUUUACACCAUGAACAAUAUUAGCAGUAAAGAAAAUGCCACUGAAUUUUAUACUUCACCUAAUCGUUUUACAUUGCCUUAUCCAUUUGUAAAGCCUUUAGAAACUGAAUACGUCGAAACUGAUGUAGUUCUUGAUUUAGUGCAUUCAAAACUUCAAUGGAAAACUGAUAAUGAAAAAUUGUUGAAAACUAGUCAAAAUAAAUUAAAUAUAAAAUCAUUGAAAAAAAUGAAGAACGAACUAGAGUCUAAAAAUAAUCUGCAAACUGUUGCUGUUCCUUACAUAUUAACUCGUUACUGUUUGAGUUUUAUGACAGAUCCAGAUCAAUAUUUUGACUCGAUUAAUAAUUGGUAUUUUAAAAAUACUUUAAAUAAUAUUAAAAUUAAUGGAAAACAAUAUUUAGUAUGUGCUCGAGGAUCCAAACUUGAUACUUUAGAUAUAAUCUCAAUGGACGAUAAAUGUAAUAACAGUAUGAUUAAUGAAUAUAAAUAUUUUGACAGUCCAAUUUGUGAUAUUACUACAUUAAAUUCACAUGGCUUAUUAAUUCGUCAGAAAACAAAACUAUCCUACUUUCGAUGUAGUUCAGAUUCUGAAAUAAGCUUGAAGAAAAAUGUAAUUUAUGAUAAUAAAGAUAUUCCACUAGUAGAUGCUGAUGGAUUUUCUACCAAUUAUUGUACUGUUGAUGUUAAAAAUAUCAUAAAAAUUUGGAAGGAUCAGUAUUGUACGCAAGAUAAAUAUUUUGAAGGAGAAUUUAUUCAAAAUGAUUCUUUCAUGCAUUUGAGUUACUUAGAUAAUCAGAAUGAUAUUAUUGGUGUUGUUAAUAGAAACAAAGUUUUUUUAAUUGACUCUAGGAUGGAUAUUUCUAAACCUUGUACAAUUUAUGAUCCACAAGCAAUUUUAGAGGGGUGUGAAGAAAUUACAACAAUUCGAUGUAGUAGUUUUAAUGCUCAUAGUUUCUAUAUUACAACAAAUCAUUCAGUUUUAACAUUGGAUAAUAGAAUGGGAUUUUUACAUAAAUCUUCCCAUAUGCUGACUAUUCCUCCAUCAUUAAUAACUACACAUUAUUUUGAAAAUAGUUUUGAGCCUAAUGAAAUGUUAAUCAUGGGAAAUCAAUCUAGUGAAUUUCUUGUUCAACAGACAUUUGUGUCUUUUGAAGACAAUUUUUUGAAAAGUCAAACAUUAGCAUCAUGUAUUCCUCAUCCACUUGAUUUGUUAUGCUCUAAUCAACAUCAAGGGUACUCUUUACAUCCAAAAUUAAAUAGGAGGUUUUCUCGUCCUUUAACUGGAGUUACUGUUGUUGGAAAAACUAUUGAAAACUUGCAAUUGUUUUGUAUUAAUUCGAUUGGAGACUUAUUUGUACAAACUAUUAAUAAAAAAGUGCCAAUUACUAAAUCAAAUCUAUUAAUUGAUUAUGAAUUUUAUGAAUCAAGUGAAGACAAAAAAAUUUCUCCAUUAAUGUAUUCUCAUUUGACUGAUAUGAGUAUGUUAUUGAAAAUAAAACCUUCUAAUAAUAUUGAAGAAAAGCGUGGCUGGGGAGGGUUAUGGAAAAUGUCUAAAGAACAAAUGUUUUCAUACAUGGAUCAUACUGCACCUUUGAUAUUAUCACCAUGGGACCUAGAUGAUAUUUCUGAAUGGGAAAAAGAAGAUGAAAUUUUUGAAAAGGAUGCAGAUGAUGAUUUUGAAGAUAAUUUUGUUAGUAAAAUUAACUAUUGGUUUAAUAAAAAUGACGAAUUAUUAUCGGAUAAAGAUCCAGCUAGUAUUGACACUUCACCAAAUGAGCUGUUGUCUCAAAUGGAUGCAUCUUCAGUCAGUGAUAAUUCUAGUUCUGGGUAUUCUGUUGAAAUAAAAUCUGAGAAUGAAAAUGAACAUUUAUAGUUUUAUUUAUAUAUUUUUAUAUUUAUACCUGACAGUAAAUAACUUUAUUGUUAGAAAGUAUUUUUCUUCUAAUAGUUAAUAUAAUUUAUAUAUNAUAUAUAUAUAUAUAAAUAGUCUAUAGUUUAAAUAGAAUAGUUAUUGUAUUUAAUUUGUAUUAAAACUACUAAAUGUAACUUACCAAAAAAAAUUGUUAUUAAUUUUGUAUUGUGUAAUGAUAUUGCAAUGUUUUUU